AUGGAGGACCGGAGCGGUCAGAUGCUCGUUCUCAACAUCAUUUUCAUGAUAGUUACUACGAUUGUCGUUUCCCUUCGCGUCUAUUGUCGAGGAUGGAUUAUAAGAUCAUUUGGAAUCGACGACCAGCUCAUGGUUGUCACUUGGAUCGCAUUUACCGCAUACCUCAUCUCUCAGCACAUCGGUAUCUCAUACGGGACCGGGAAAAGCCGUGAUAUGUUGAGUGCUAGUCAGAACAGAAAUGCGCUCCUGACGUGGUAUGUGUGUGAAUUACUCUACGUCUUCAGCACUACCGUGGUGAAGUUAUCCGUUGGAUUCUUCUUAUUACGCCUGUCAAUCGACACGAAGCAUAUAUGGAUCCUUCGGCUCUCUAUGGCGUCAACAGUAGUCUUUGGCAUCGCGUUCUUUUUCGUUGGUGUGUUCCAAUGCAACCCAAUAUCCGCAUAUUGGGAAAUAUAUCCAGGGGUUGAAGGCUACUGCAUACCAGAAAGAACCAUCAUCAUCAUGAACUACGUUGCUUCCUGUUUGAACUGCAUUGCAGAUUGGACUUUCGGAAUCUUGCCUGGUUUUAUUGUAUGGUCACUGGAGAUGCCAAUGAAGACCAGGAUUCUAGUCAUUGUUCUUCUGAGUUUUGCUGCUAUUGGGAGCACCACGACGCUUAUCCGAUAUAAGUAUGUUAAUACCCUAUCAGAAGGUCCGAACUUUCUAUAUGCCACUGCCGAUAUCGCAAAUUGGAGUACCGUGGAAGUCGGCAUAGGCAUCACAGCCGCGUCCCUCGCAACUCUCAAACCUUUGUUCCAACUUAUAAGCUACAGAAUAGGCCUAACAGACAGUGGGCCAAGCAACCCUUACUGGCGGGGCCGGAGUAGUGAGCGUCGUUUCCAGCUUGGCUAUAUAAGAAGCAGCAGCGCGCCACCCAUCCCUUCUAAUCCACCACAAUUAAAAACAAAUAUUGAAGAGAGCACCCAUGCCUCCAUAGUUCCAUAA